AUGAAAUGGGAGUCAUGGGGAAGUUAUGAAGCUAAGUUCCCCAAAGAUAUCAGCAGUAAGAAGAGGUGUGGAUGGACAGAUGUUAUCACUGCUGUGAAGAUGAUUGAGGUGGUGAAUUCUGUAGUGGGUCCAUUGAUGUGUGAUGGACGGCUGGCACACCUCCUCUUCCCUCUGCUCAUCCUCUUGCAGGCUCCCCUGUUGUUCAGUUUUGGUGAGCGCACAUGUCCCAAUAACUGCCGCUGUGAGGGGAAGAUUGUCCACUGUGAGUCAGCUGGCUUUUUAGAUGUCCCAGAGAACAUCUCAGUGGGCUGCCAAGGUCUCUCACUGCGCUACAACGAUCUGCACACCCUACUUCCUUAUCAGUUUGCUCAUCUCAACCAGCUCCUCUGGAUUUACCUGGAUCACAAUCAGAUCUCUUCUCUGGACAGCCGGGCGUUCCAGGGGGUUCGCAGGCUGAAAGAGCUAAUCCUCAGUUCCAACAAGAUCACAUCUCUGCACAAUGCAACAUUCCAUGGUAUUCCCAACCUUCGCAGUCUGGACUUGUCAUACAACAAAUUGGAGGUGCUGCAGCCAGGUCAGUUUCAUGGCCUACGAAAGCUGCAAAACCUACACCUACGCUCCAAUGGCCUCACCAACAUCCCAAUUCGAGCAUUCCUUGAGUGCCGAAGUUUGGAGUUUCUGGAUCUGGGCUAUAAUCGAAUCAAGGCUCUAACCCGUACCACCUUCUUAGGACUACAGAGGCUGAUGGAGCUACAUCUGGAGCACAACCAGUUCUCAAGGAUCAACUUUUUUCUGUUUCCACGUUUAGCUAACCUGAGGUCUCUCUAUUUGCAGUGGAACCGCAUCCGGGUUGUCAACCAGGGCCUCCCGUGGACUUGGUACACUUUGCAAAAGUUGGAUCUGUCUGGAAAUGAAAUCCAGACCCUGGACCCAGCUGUGUUUCACUGCCUGCCCAACCUUCAGAUCCUCAACCUUGAAUCCAACAAGCUGUCCAAUGUGUCUCAGGAGGCUGUGUCAGCCUGGAUUUCACUGACCUCCAUCAGCCUGGCUGGGAACAUGUGGGACUGUGGAACUGGAAUAUGCCCACUUGUGGCCUGGUUGAGGAAUUUUCGGGGCAGCAAAGACACCACUAUGAUCUGCAGCAGCCCAAAGCGUCUUCAGGGAGAGAAAAUUAUGGAAGCUACAAGGAAUCAUGGUAUUUGUGAGGAGACUGAUUACUUUCAGACUGAAACAGCCUCACCGAUGCCAGAGCUCUAUUCUGAAGCUACCCCUGACCUAACGUUUGCUACUACUAGCGACUCUCCACCCCUGCUACCAACCACCACCCUUGGUCGUGUCCCACCAUCCAGACCAAAACCCAUUCCUCAUCCUACAUUCCCAGGCCGUGUUAGUAAGAACCCUAGAGACUCUGCUCCCCACACUCGGCCCAGUCUUAACAGUUGGUUUAUCACGCCACCUCCAGAGCUGGAGCACAUGUCUCUGCACAAAGUGGUGGUGGGCAGCGUUGCACUCUUCUUCACCAUGUCUCUUAUCCUGACCAUUAUCUAUGUGUUGUGGCGGCGCUACCCAGAUGCAGCCAGGUUGCUGCACCAGCGAUCCAUGGUGGGGCGCAAGCGUCGCAAAAAGAGUCCAGAGCCAGAGCAGAACCUGAGCUCCCAGCUACAAGAGUAUUACAUGAGCUACAACCCUGCAGCCACACCAGAUGCAUUGGAGGUGCUAGGCAAUGGCACUGGUUCCUGCACUUGCACAAUCUCUGGCUCCAGGGAGUGUGAGAACGAGUAUACAUGUCCACGCCCGCUGCCUGGUGCCUGGCUGGGAGAUAUGCCCACCAUCCACUAACCAGAGAGAAACUGCUUUGUGUGGUCUAAGCAACCAACACUGAAAUAUGGCGACAGAGAGAGACCCAGAGAGCCCAGCCUGUCCCCGACUCCCAUAGCAUCUGUUAUAUCCCAGGAUACAAUAAAAUGGUCCUCCACGCUAACAAGGGUGACCUUGGACCAGGACAGAGAGGCACAGACGAUUUUGUUUUGUUUAUUUUUUUUUUCCCGCAGGUUUUUAAAAUGUUAUUUGGCCUGUGGUCUUCGGUCGCCAGCUUUGCUACAUUCCAUCUUGCUUCAUCAUCACCUAAGUACUGACAGAGUUUAUAGUGGAAUCGAAGUUUGGCGGCGGAUCGCAGAGCCUUGGCACUGACGGAAGGCUGUA